CAGAGCCAGCUAAGGCCCUGUGUGUGUUUUUUUACGCAAAUGUGCACCUGCAGCUCAGCCUGCUCAUUGGCUGAAAGCGCAGUCAGAUUCUCCUGCGGAAUUAUCUGAUUGAAAAUCAGGGAGGGGAGAAAAAGAAAGGGCAACAAGUGUGAUGGUGUUACGCUGCUUUGCUUUUCUGACUUUUAGGAAAGGAUUUCUGCCACGCUAUUUUUCUCCACUGAGCAGAUUUACACCCCAAAAACGAGGAUAUUAUUGGCUUACAAGGAGCUAACUUCAAGUUUCACUUCGACAGAAGCCUUCUGAGUUAACGGAACAACAUGCCACGGUCAUUUCUGGUCAAAAACAAAAGGUUGCCAACCUAUAAUGUUCAUAGAUCAUAUGAAGAAGAACGGCAGGCCCCCAUAUGUCAAGAAGCUCUACCAGAAGUUCAAAACACAGACUCCUCUGAUGAGCCUCAGUCAGAGGAGCGGUCUCCCCCUCAGGACCGCUGCUCAUUUGAGGAAGAGGAGGAAGAUGCAGAGCUUGAACGCCCCUUACCUGCGCACCCAGAGCCCACCAGACCCCCUGUUGCCCUCACACAGCCAUACUACCUAAACGAAGCUCACAUGGCUGGAUUUCCUCCGUACUUCAAGCCGACGUAUGCCUGGGAGUCGGUGCCGUCCUCCUUUGAGCUCCGUCAAAUGAGUUUCAGCCCCACAGUUCUGCAGCACGCCAGCAAUCUGUACGGCACGCACCUGGGCCACAGCCCACCACCUCAGCAGCCUCUGGACUGCAGUACCCACUACUCCCCAACAUCCAACACCUACCACUGUAUCACCUGUGACAAGGUGUUCUCAACGCCCCAUGGACUGGAGGUUCACGUCAGGAGAUCUCACAGUGGAACGAGACCUUUUGGCUGCAACAUCUGCAGAAAAACCUUUGGCCACGCGGUCAGUCUGGAGCAGCACAUGAAUGUUCACUCACAGGAAAAAAGCUUCGAGUGUAAAAUGUGUGGCAAAACAUUCAAGCGCUCCUCCACCCUCUCCACACACCUGCUCAUCCACUCGGACACUCGGCCGUAUCCGUGCCAGUACUGCGGCAAGAGGUUCCACCAGAAGUCUGACAUGAAGAAGCACACGUACAUCCACACAGGUGAAAAGCCUCACAAAUGCCAAGUGUGCGGUAAAGCCUUCAGCCAGAGCUCCAACCUGAUCACCCACAGCAGGAAACACACCGGCUUCAAACCGUUUGGAUGUGACAUUUGUUCUAAAGGCUUCCAGCGUAAAGUAGAUCUCCGCAGACACCACGAAAGCCAGCAUGGCAUGAAGCCUAAACUUUAGCCUUCCAUAGUGUUUGGAAGAUAAUACAAUUAAAUUUCUAUUCAAACUAUGUGCAGAUAUGGAUGUCAUCUCGAUGUUGGCUUUGUUUUGGAUGCCCUUUACAUAUUAAGUUCAGGAAGCUGUGAAAUCAACUUUCUGGUUGAAGGCAGUCUGAUUAAAUAAAACUAGAAAGUGUCAUGAAGAAAACUGAGCAGUUAACUAAAGUCCCUGUAAAGUGAUAAAAAAAUUGUUUUAGUUUUUUUGUAUGUCAGGUUAAUGAGAUGUCUUUGUUGUUAAGCUGCUGAAAACACUUCAUUUCUGUAUGUUGCUCUUCAAAAUAAAAGUCUUUAAUGAUGAAAGGCUUUUAUUGUGACAGGCUUGGCAACUUGUCUACCAUCAGAUAUUUUAUAAAACUUUAGCACUGUGAUGCUAAAAAACAGGAGAAAUUGGACUGUCGCUGCUUUGAGAGAGACAAAGCCACAGGCUGCUUCUUCUAAUCAUCAAGACAAGUAAAAAAAGGAUUAAAACACACCUUCAGCAGGUAAGAUGUGUGUUCCUGCUGCAGCCAGUUCGAGGGAAAAAUAAACAAGCACACCAGCAUUUAGCCUGCCCCCCUACCUUACAGUGAACCAGAACAGAGAGACAGGAGUUUGGGAUUAAAUUUACUGUUUUCUGGCACAAUUCUUUCUGUUAUGAUACUUUUAAUGACCUGUAGGCCACUGUGGCUGAUAGAUCUGGGAAAUUUACCUCACAGUGAAGAGAAACAUAGCAUGCAAUUGACUGUCGACCACUGAUGUAGUGGGGAGCUAUAUUUGCCAGAAAUUAAACCAAGCCAGGAAAUAGUUGAACAACUUUCUAAUGGUCUAAAUCCAAUAUUCGGUCACAUAUGGAUCUCAGUGUUUUCACAUUUUUACAGCAACCUUAUUACAAGAUAUCUCAUGUGUUAAAGACAAAUUUUGGAUUUCACUUUACAGGGACUGAAAAGGGUUUUUUUUGUUAAUAAAUUGUUAAUAUCUUCCUAUAAAUUAACAUAUUGCGAGCCAGAGGGCUGCUAAUCACAACAAUAAUAACAUCUGACGUGGAUUGUAGGGAUUCAUGGGAGUUUAUUCUGUGUUCUCGACUGGCAGCUUCCUGUAGCAGCUCCCAUUUUCCUUUUAGCAUUCUUUGUCAUGACAUCCGUUUUUUUUUUUUUACAUUGUAAUGUAAUUGUGGCUACCAUGGCAAGACACGUGUUAUUACACCUUUAAAAUUCAGGAUUUCUCUCGUUGGCAGAGUUGAAAACAUCUGAGGUCAGGUACUCAACUAAAAUAAAAGAUUAAUUUUGAUUCAGUCUUUAUUUUUUUUACUGGUUUAUACAUUUCAGUUAAUAAAUUCUACGUAUUGUACCUUUAAAAGUGCCUUUACCUGUGGAUAACUCAAAGAUGUCUUGAGUUAAAAUGGUACAGUUUGACUCCUGAUAAAAAUGCCCGUAAGAAUGUAUUUUUUUGUUUUUAUUUUGUGUAUUAUUUAUUUAAAAUGUUAGAGCACUGUGCUUAUUUGCUUUGCGUUUUCAGAAACGCUUAUUCAUAAAUGAAUGUUCAGGGAAGAAAGAUCAUAGAAUAAAGUCAUGAAGAGA